GCCGGGCCGGGCCGGGCGCCGCCUCCGCACCUUCCCCUGCGCUUCCACUUUCCAGCUCUCGAGCCGCACCCGGAGCGGAGCGCCAGGAGCUAGGCGCCGGGAGUCGGCGUUGUGUCUGGCAGAAGCAUCGGCACCGAGGGACCCACAGACGGAGCGAGAAACACCGCCGUGACCCGGGUAGGCAGACCGACGCACGGAGGAGGUCUCCGGCGUUGCCACUCCUCUCCUCCCGGUUGGGAUACUGAGACCCAGAGAAAGAAGUGACAUCUCCAAGGGCACAUAGUUGGCAAGAUGUCAGGGAAGGAGGGUGUGCAGAAGAAAUGGGCUGCCCUGAAGGAAAAGCUGGGGCCCCAGGAAGGGGACCCCACAGAAGCCAACUUGGAGAAUGCCGAGCCUGAGCUAUGCAUCCGCCUGCUGCAGAUGCCCUCUGUGGUCAACUACUCCGGGCUGCGCAAGCGACUGGAGAGCAGCGAUGAUGGCUGGCUGGUGCAGUUCCUGGAGCAGAGCGGCCUUGACCUGCUGCUGGAGGCCCUGGCCCGGCUCUCGGGCCGGGGUGUGGCAAGAAUCGCUGAUGCCCUGCUGCAGCUCACAUGCAUCAGCUGUGUACGGGCUAUCAUGAAUGCCCACCAGGGAAUUGAGUACAUCCUGAGCAACCAGGGCUAUGUGUGCAAGCUCUCGGAGGCCCUGGACACAUCCAAUGUGAUGGUCAAAAAACAAGUGUUUGAGCUGUUAGCUGCCCUCUCUAUCUACUCCCCCGAAGGCCACAAGCAAACUCUGGAUGCCCUGGACCACUAUAAGGUGGUCAAGAACCAGCAGUACCGCUUCAGUGUGAUCAUGAACGAGCUCUCCAGCACAGACAAUGUCCCCUAUAUCAUCACUCUGCUGAGCAUCAUCAACGCCAUCAUCCUGGGCACGGAGGAGCUCAGGGCCCGAACACAGAUCCGGAACGAGUUCAUCGGUCUCCAGUUGCUGGAUAUUUUAACCAAACUAAGAGACAUUGAAGAUGGGGACCUCCUGAUCCAGUGUGAGGCCUUUGAGGAAGCCAAAUCUGAGGAUGAUGAGGAACUGCUCAGAAUCUUUGAUGGGAUUGACAUGAGCAAUCACCAGGAGGUCUUCUCUACCCUGUUUAAUAAGGUGAGCUGCUCCCCCAUCUCAGUCCAACUCCUCUCUGUCCUGCAAGGUCUCCUCUACCUGGAGCCCACCCACCACUCGAGCUUGCUGCUGUGGGAAGCCCUGGAAAUCCUUGUGAAUCGAGCUGUGCUCUUAGCCAGUGAUGUCCAGGAGAGCAGCAUCGAAGAAAUAGUGGAGAGACUCCUGUCCAUGAAGGUGCGGCCUCAGCAGAGCCCCAAGAGCAGUGGCCUGGCCAAGACAGCCCACAAGUGUAUCCAAACCAGCCUGGAUACAGUGGAACUAUCACCAAAGGGGAGCCCCAAGGGGAAUGCCUCCAGGCCAGCAUCACCUAAUGACAGUACAGAGACUGUUAAAGCCAUCCAACUGGCAGCAGCCUCUGCCAUCCCUGGGCAAGCCCCAGCUGCAGCCCCCCUCCCUGUCCCACCUCCUCCUCCCCCUUUGCCCAGCUUUUCAUGGGCCCCCCCUCCAGCUACUCCUAUGUGUAGUAAAGCCUAUGUCCCUCCACCUGCUCCUCCUCCUCCCCCUCCUCCCCCUCCUCCCCCUCCUCCCCCUCUGCCAGGCAUGACACAGACUUCCUCUACUCCUCCUCCCCCUCCCCCUCUGCCUGGCCUGAGCGGCAUCCCUCCCCCUCCCCCUCUGCCUGGCCUGAGCGGCAUCCCUCCCCCUCCCCCUCUGCCUGGCCUGAGCGGUAUCCCUCCCCCUCCCCCUCUGCCUGGCCUGGGUGGCAUCCCUCCCCCUCCCCCUCUGCCUGGCCUGGGUGGCAUCCCUCCCCCUCCCCCUCUGCCUGGCCUGGGUGGCAUCCCUCCCCCUCCCCCUCUGACUGGCCUGGGUGGCAUCCCUCCCCCUCCCCCUCCAAUGAAUGGCAUUGAAGAAAUAAUAGUUGCCCAGGUGGACCAUGGUCUGGGUUUUGCAAGAGUUCCAAGCCACAGGAAAGUGAACCCUCCUACUCUGAGGAUGAAAAAGCUGAACUGGCAGAAACUCCCAUCCAAUGUGGUAAGAGACAGUCACUCAAUGUGGGCAUCAGUGAGUAGCCUGAGCAGCGAAGGCAUGGAGCCCGAUUACACCAGCAUUGAACAGCUCUUCUGUUUUCCAACCACAAAGCCCAAGGAGAAGGAGGCAGCCCCAGCCAAGAAGGAACCCAAAGAGAUUACGUUUCUUGAUGCCAAGAAAAGUCUCAAUCUGAACAUUUUUCUGAAGCAAUUCAAAUGCUCCAAUGAGGAGAUCACAGACAUGAUCCAAAGAGGGGACAGGACCAGAUUUGAUGUGGAAGUUCUGAAGCAGCUCCUCAAACUGCUCCCCGAGAAGCAUGAAAUAGAAAAUCUGAAAUCAUUCCAAGAGGAGAAAGCCAAGUUGGCCAGCGCUGACCAGUUCUAUCUCCUCCUCCUCAAUGUUCCCAGCUACCAGCUGCGGAUUGAAUGCAUGCUGCUGUGUGAAGAGACAGUCAUCAUGCUGGACAUGAUCCGACCCAAAGCUGAGGUCAUUCGUAAGGCCUGUGAGAGUCUCCUCACCAGUCAGCGUUUGCCAGUUUUCUGCCAACUGAUUCUCAAAAUUGGAAACUUCCUCAACUAUGGGAGUCAUACAGGAGAUGCUGAUGGUUUUAAGAUCAGCACCCUGCUCAAACUCACUGAAACCAAGGCCAACCAGAGCCGUGUGACCCUGCUACAUCACAUCCUGGAGGAAGUGGAGAAAAAUUACCCUGACCUCCUGCAGCUCCCCAGUGACCUAGAGCACAUCUCUCGGGCAGCAGGGAUCAAUAUUGAUAUCAUCCACUCGGAAGCCAGCAGCAACCUGAAGCAGUUGCUGGAGAUGGAGCGGAAGGUAUCUUCAGGGAUUCCUGAGGUGCAGGAGCAGUAUGCGAAGCCCCUCCAGGAUAGCACCUCAGCCUCCAGGGAGUUAGAGGAAGAGUUUAAGGUCAUUGAGAGAAAGAAGAUAGAACUGGCUGACUACCUCUGUGAGGAUGCCCACAAGCUCUCCCUAGAGGACACCUUCAGUACCAUGAAGACAUUUCGAGAACUUUUCAUCAGAGCCCUGAAGGAGAACAAAGACUGGAAGGAGCAGGCAGUGAAAGCAGAGAAGAGGAAGAAGCAACUGGAGGCUGAAGAAGCCAAAAGGCCCCGGGGAGAAGAUGGGAAGAUCAUUCGGAAGGGAGCCGUGAAACAGGAGGAAGUGUGUGUCAUCGAUGCCCUCCUGGCUGAUAUCAGGAAAGGUUUCCAGCUGAGGAAGACUGCCAAGGGCAAAGGGGACUCAGACAAUGGCCUAAAAGCAGCCCCCAGUGAACCCGUCAAGGAAAAAGACACUGCUAUAAAGGACACUGGCAACAGCUCCAAGCCUGGGCAGGGCUUUGACCUUGCUGACGCUACUCUUGGAGAGACCUGGGACCAGGACAACCCGAAUGAUCCUGGGUCUAUUGGUGGAAUCCCCAAAGGACCCUCUGAAGUCAGUGGCCGUGGCUGCCCAAGCCCAGAGGGCCACAAAGCUUCCACAGCAAUGCCCAGCUCUCCUGACGAUCCUCGUAUAGUGCUACUUGAUGACUCCAAGUCUCUGAAGCCCAUCAAGUUUUCCAGUGGCUCUCACCCUUGGGGCACAGAUGUGGGCAGUGAGGUGGAUGGCACCAGAGCAGAGGAUCAAGCUGCAGAGCACCAGGCUGGCAGAACAGCCAAGGGACCCGAGAAUGGCUGUCAGAGGUCAGAGGAUGCAGAGCCAAGUCCUGCAGAGGUGGAGGAGGAAGAGGGGGAAGACACAGCGCCAGACUCAGUGCUAGACACAUCUCUGGACAGGUCUUUCUCUGAAGAGGCUGUUACUGAUUCCUCAGGCUCUGGGACCCUCCCUCGAUCCCAGGAGCGGACCAAGAAGGGAUCUGGGAAGCGGAGGAAGAAGCGACAUCCUAGGAGCCAUGAAGCAGAGGUUGACUCUUAUUCUGGAGAUGCUAAAACAAAAUGGCCUUGUGUAAUCCAGUGAGGUAUCAGACCCAAGGCCAUGGCCAAAUGAGGAAGACUGGAGACAGAAUCUGACUUUGUGCAUGCCCUCUGCUGCAGUGGACUACUGGGACUGAGGACACAUACCACAGGGGAGUGGGGGGGUGGGAAGGACAGAUACUCCUAUUCCUUGGGAGUUCUGGGCUGGGGACUAGAGACCCUAGAACUCAGUGCCUUACAUCAAUGGGACCCAGGGGCGGUGUCUCCUGAACUGGCUAAGAAGUGGCACCCCAGACUUGGGACAGAAGGCAAUGGACAGAGCCUGCCUUGGAUCCGCAGGACGACUCCUGGCAGCUUCUUUCCCAUCCUGGACAGCAGCUAGAGAUGAGAGCUCUAGCCUCUACCUUGUUUGAAUGGUGGGGUUCAAUCCCAGACCUAUUGCUUGGCUAAACUAGCAAGCCUGCCCACACCCCCAAACCAAAGUCCAGUGUUCUCCACCUCCCCUCCUGGUAGCUCUUUUUCGUAAGUAACCCUGGGGGGCCAUGGCUUUGGCGAUUGAUGUGAUGCCGUGUCGAUGUUUGAUGAUGAUGAGCUUUCUAGCACAAAGUGAUGUUUCCAUGUGCAGUGGCAAUGAGACCGUUAAAAGAUUUACCAGUUUCACUAGAUGCCUCUGACCUUCCUGGUUCACUGUCCUCUAGCUUUUACCACCCCCCCCCCCCAAGCAUGUAUCGCUUUGUAAAUAAUCAUUCCUUUGGAAUAAAAAUAACAGAACUUCCAUGUCUAUAGUGCAUUAAGGUUUACAGAUCACUUCCCACAACAGCCUUGUGAGGGGCACAGUGCAAGUAUUAUUUCCAUUUGGCACAGGAGGAAAUUGAGGCUCAGAGAUAGUAAUUGACUUGUUGAGGAUUAUCCUAAAUGAGAGGUGGAUUUUUUUUGUGAGGCAAUUGGAGUUAAGUGAUUUGCCUAAGGUCACACAGCUAGUUAAGUGUCAAGUGUCUGAGGCUGGAUUUGAACUCAGGUCCUCCUGAAUUCAGGGCCAGUGCUCUAUCUACUGUGCCACCUAGCUGCCCUGAGAGGUGGAUUUUGAUGGGGAUUUGAUUUUUCCCACCAUUCACCUGCUUUCUUGGAUCAUUCACUGGCCUGGAUUGACUGGCAGCCAAUGUCCUCUUUAACUUUAUUAUUAAACAAUGAUGGAGUAGAGAGAGGUGUCAGGAGUGGCAAGGAGAUGGGGAUCAGAGAGAGCAGAGAGGCUGCCUCUUAAAUCCCAGUCUAGUUAAGUUCCACCCAACCUAGAACUAAAACUUUCACCUCUCUCCAUCAGCACAGUUGAGAGACUGAGUAGCAAAGUUCAUUUUUUUUAACUCAAAAGAACUGGCUAGGGAAGCCUUAUGGGGCUGUCUGAUGGAAAGCCAACAUCUAGCAUGUAAGGGGAUGAGUCAGUUGGAUUGGGGAAGAGGCUGGUAGGGGGAACAGAAUCUGAGCGUGGCCUGAUGUUUAGAGUUCUCCAUCUGUGACCCCCACCGGGCUGGCCACGCGAUCCUUGUUCUAAGAAAUAAAAUGUUUAUAUCUUCCUUUC